UAGUUGUUGUCGUUUUUAGCGCUUUUGAACUUACCGUUAGUUAAGAUUGUUUUUUUUAGUUGUUUUGUAAUUUUGAAAAUUUAAUUCACGUCGGAAUUUCGGGUUUGACGGAUUGUAGUCGCGUGCUUUUCUGUUUUUUGACUUCGUACUUUAUUUUUUUUUCGUGUUGCGAUAAUUUUUCGGGAGUUUGAUUUUUUUGUGUGCGCGACGUUGGAGAGGAAAGGAUACCUUCCACUGAUCAACAUCAAAAGGAGAUGCAGCUGUAAAACUGGCCUGCUGAAGAAAGGUGUUGUCUGCCAUUGAACGAGCGGAUCUCUCCUGAAGUGAAGGACAGAUUGACGGCUUAUUCCUGAGACUCCAAAGAGAGGAUAUUCCUCUACCAUUGGCCAUGAGUUUCAGUUAAUUGUGACUGCACAAGAAAAUAUAAUUAUUCAUCAUGACCACAAAAUUAGUACUAAAGUGUGCGUUCUGCCUCUGCUUCGCUGUAUCGGCGAGCAGCGUCGAAUAUCGACCAGAGGGCGGUCCAGUCUACGUGAACGCAAUUAGCCAUGGAGGCUCCGAAACAUCUGCCGAAUCAGUCGCUCCAAAAGGAAACUUCCUCACUCAAACUGUCUACGGAUUUUUGGAUUUCACGACGACCAUCGGAAAUACCGUCAUGGUGUUUUCUCCACAGAGCUCGGCAUUAGCAGAAGCAAAUAAAGAACCGUCAACAGAGCCAAUUGUCACAAAACCGGACGUAACAGAUGAGGAAUCUCAAUCGAUCAGUCCAAGCAGGCCGAUCCCAAGUUCGACGACGGAAGAAGAACGAAAGUCCGAAGAAAGCUCGGUGGGACCGAGUGAACCUGAGACAGAAUUCGUGUCCAGUAUCGUCAGCGUCAUCGAAGGGCCACAAGACCACGAAAGCGAAGAUGAGGAAGAGUAUGAAAGAGACUCGAUUUUCAGCAGCCCUGGGGACUUCGAAGAAGACUCGAUCGUGGAAUCCAGCCGCGUAGAGGAGGACCCCGAGGCAUCCGACUCAUACUCCUCGGAAUUCGUGGAGAACACCCCCGCCCUGGCGACGGCCUCCCCCAAGUUCUCGACUGUCGUCUCCGUCCAGUCCAAGGUGGCCGAAUCCUCCCCCCAGGUGGCCGUAUCCUCCAGGGUCUCCGAGGCCAGCUCCGUCAAAAUCGAGGCCCAGGAGGCCGCGAGCACGGAGGCCACCUCCGAAGAGGUCCCGGCCAUCCCGGCCAUCAGCGCCAACAACAUCGAGAACAAACCCGAGUACGACUUCCUCUCCAGGCAGCCUACUGAGAUCGUCGACGAGACUUAUGAGGUUAUUGAUUUAAAACCAAGUGCAAUCAAAUAUCCGAAUAAGGCUCGUUCAGUUAACCACGAUUUGAAAUCGAGGGGAAUAGGAAACAACUACAAUGAUGGAUACCAACCAGUCGGUGUGAUCUCGAGCAUGGGCGGCACGGUCGUGAAAGAGGGCGUGACGACCGUCCACCAAACCAACGUGAUCGGCACUUUCGUUUCAGGGAAAUAUGCGCAGGUCCUCCAGAGCACCUCGCACGUCUACCAGCCGGAGGAACCGGCGCCGGCCCCCGAAAAGAAGCAGAAGAUCAAGCCUAGCGCCACCGCCCGCAUCCUCAAGACCUCAGCCCCGAACCUGGCCAAGAAACAGCCCGCCCUCGAGGCGUCCCCCGUCAGCACCCUCGACGAAGAUAGCGCGCUACCCCUCGAAGCUCUAUUUAGCUCAAGCCCAGGCGCGAACCUGAUCCGCCAGUCGCGUCGCCCGGCGAUCGGGAACACGCCGGCCUUCAAGAACCGGUUCUCCGGGUCCAGGAACCGGAACCGGGACGACUCGGAGAUCAAGUCCGACUACGGGAGCUUCGAGAGCAACGACAGCGACGCCUACUUGGAAUCCGACUACAUCGCUCCCAGCCCCAGCGCCGCUCCCGCCUUCAGGCAGAAAACCAAGAGUCGCGGCAACCAAGCACAGAACUCCAGGCAAACCUUCAAGUACAACAACGGUCGACACCGGACCCAGACCCCGGAGCUCGCCACGGUCUCCGUGUUUAACGAGCAGGCCUCUGUUGCCCCGAGCGGGGGGCGCAAGUACCAGUCACCCUCGCGGCGACCCAGCUACAAGAAGGACACCGGCAGCAACCCCAACAACCUCGUCGAGUCCAACCCCGGUUCCGGACGCCGCGGAUACAAACCCAAAGUCGCCAGCUCCGGAGUCGAGCAGCCUUACCACCAGACUACCAGCCUCUACAAGUUCAAGCUCACCAGACCCACCGGUCGGUGGCAGUACAAGACAUCGCCGAAACCGCGGGUGACGAUCCGUCGCCAGGACGAGCACAUGGACAACGGGACCUACACGACUCCCUCGAACCCCGACCUGGUAGGCAACCCGGUGCACAUCGACCCCGACCAAGACAUCUCUGGCUCCGGCUCUGCCUACUACAACAACCUCCAGCAAGACAACGAGAAUGCCGUCCAGGCCGAACCCACCGUCGCCGCCGAGACCAUCAAGGUUGAGAUCUCCACCCCCGCCGAUUUCAGAAAUGUCUACUACGAGAUCGCCACCAUCAAGUCUCCCUACUCCUUCCAGGUCGGAACGGUGAAGAACACCCGUUUCAUAACGGUAACAUCAACCAUCGAGAAGUCUCUCGUGGAACCUACCCAGGCUCCUGAGCACUCCGAGCCCCUGGUGGAGAACAUCCUUGCAACGACGCAAAACGCCUACGACAAGGAACCACCCCUAGACUCGAGCAUCGCCACCCUCCCGCCAAUCGGCCUCGCCGGCGAUGCCGAGACACCCCCGCUUGAGACCAUGACUGAGACCUUCAGCACGACCCAGCUCCUCCUCAAGACGCAUAUCCUUCCCGUUAUUCGCGGAGGUGCGAAUACGACCCGUUACACCCUCGUCCAGAGUUACCAUGUCACCAGACUCGUUACCGCCAUCAAGACGCUUCCGCCCAUGGAGGUAUACCAGUUCGUGCCGAGCAAAACCCUGAACGAGUUCAACACGAGGCUGGACGAGGCCGGGUCGGAGUUGAACCUGGACAUCGACUUCGGGGAGAACGACGACCAACCGGAGAUGACGAACGAGCAGCGGAUCCUCUUGAACUCGGACAACAUCGACUCGAUAGGCUCCGACUUCGACGUGACCGACCUGGACAAGAACAUCAAGAACCUCUCCAACAUCAACUCCGGCGAGAACCACCUGCGGCUCAAGAAGGCCCACAAGUUCACCUCCCCCGCCCAGAACGCCAUCCCCACCCCGGAACCGCAACCANCCACCCCCGCACUCACCCCCGAGCAGCUCCAGCAGCUCGCCAUCCUCAAGUUCCUCAACCCCGCCGCCGCUGCCAAUCUCCCGUCGGCUAUCACUACCUCCAAACCCAUAAUCAAGGUCGAAACAGUGUUCGAGUCCCACGUGAUUCCGCUGAUCAACGGCGCCAACACCCUCUUCACAACGAUCUCUCGGCCAGUCUCAACAGUCACCAAGACGGAGUACGAAACAGUCACCAGUUCACUGGCCUUCCCCCAACCACCCGUCAACCCCCUUUUCCCACCCCUGAACCCCUUCGCCCCGGCCGUGACGACGACCCCUGUCGUGACGCAGACGAUGGUGACGCAGACGGAUUCCAAGGUGCUCAAGCUGACGUUCGGUGCCAAGACGGCCUACACGACGCUGUACUCCACCAAAGUGGUGCCCACCAUGCUCACCACCUACCUCACGGCCUCCGUGCCGACGCAAGCCACCGCGGCGCCGUUCAACCCCUUCUUCCAGCAGCCAUACAACUUGCCGUACAAUCCGUUCCUCGGUUGAGCGGGUAGUUAGAUGCUCGGGUCGGCCAUUUUCGAGGAGAUUUGACUGAUGAAUCGAUUUUUUGAGGCGUGAAUGAUCGAUUAUCGAUAUUUCCCCAUUUGAAGCUAUGGU